GGGAAGAGGUGGCGCUUGCGCAGUGGGAGUCUACGGCCGGUGUCCAAGAUGGCAACGGGAGGAGGGAAGGUGAAGCAGGACAUGCCUCCUUCGGGAGGAUACGGGCCCAUCGACUACAAGCGGAACCUGCCCCGGAGGGGGCUCUCUGGCUACAGCCUCUUUGCCAUUGGCAUUGGGACCCUCCUGUUUGGAUACUACAACCUCAUGAAGUGGAACCGGGAGCGGAGGCGCCUGACUAUUGAGGAUUUGGAAACUCGGGUGGCUCUUAUGCCUCUCUUGAUGGCUGAAGACGACCGAAGGACUCUUCGCCUCCUGCGGCAGAAUUUGGACGAAGAAGCCAAGAUCAUGAAGGAUGUUCCCGGUUGGCAGGUAGGUGAGUCUCGCUACCAUACCACACGCUGGGUGCCCCCCGUUUCCGAUGAGCUCUUCUACCUCCACCCUAUGAGCGAGCAGGACAACGCCAAGUUUGGGUGCCAGUUUUACGUUUGAAGGGGGCAGAACGACACCCCAUUUUGCGAUCAAUAUAUGUGCAUACAUUUCCAAAUAAAACAACUUCCAGGUUC